AUGCACUCUCUCUUCUUCCUCCUCCUCCUCCUCCUCCUCCUCCUUCUCCUCCUCCUCCUAUCCCCGCCGUCCAACUCACCGGACUGGCAGGGUGAGUCCGCUCACUCUGGCAGCCUGGAAUGUUCGUUCCCUUUUAGACAAUCCGAGGAGCAACCGACCAGAAUGGAGGACGGCGCUAGUGGCUCGAGGACUGGCGCACUACAAGGUGGACGUCGCUGCACUCAGCGAGACCCGGUUCUCCGAACAAGGCCAUCUAGAGGAGGUGGGUGCCGGCUGCACCUUCUUCUGGAGCGGUCGCCCAAGGCAGAGCGACGCGACGCAGGCGCCGCCUUUGACAUCUGGAACGACAUCGUGGGACGCCUGCCUUGUCUACCGCAGGGCAUCAACGAUCGCCUGAUGAGUCUCAGUCUGCCUCUUUGGGGAGGCGAAGGUGUCAUCAUUGUCUGCGUCUACCCUCCCCCUAUGACCAGCCCUGACGCUGCAAAGAACAAAUCUAACGAAGGCCUGCAUGCCCUCCUGGCGAAUGUGCUGAAGACGUAUGAGUUGCUUGUCCUUAGUGACUUCAACGACGUCGUCGUCACAGACAAUGCCGCCUGGAAAGGAGUGCUGGGUCCCCAUGGUCUCGACGGCCCCAAUGACAAUGGACUACUCUUCUAACGAACCUGCACAGAACACCCUCUCACUCUGACCAACACCUUCCGCCUUCCGCCACGAGAGGAGGCCACCUGGAGGCAUCCUCGGUCGCGUCAGUCGCACCUGCUGGACUAUGUCCUCGCCCGGAGGCGAGAUCAGCGGGACGUACUAGUGACAUUGGCAACUGCGGGCGCUGACGAGUGGACCGACCAUCGCCUCGUCAUCUACAAGAUGCGGAUUAGCCUACAGCCUCGCAGGAGACCUCGAGUUAAGCGACCUCCAGGUAAGUUGAAUAUUGACUUGUUGUCGUUGCCUGCUCACCAUCUCCACUUCUGCUCAGCGGCUAGCCAACUUUCCAGUCGCCGCCGCUGCCGCGGCCGCCGAUGAGAACGCCUCCAAAGAGAACCGCUGGAGGCGGAGCGACACGAUCCAGUCAACCACCCUGGCUGUCCUCGGUCGCGCACGUCACCAAUAUCAGGACUGGUUCGACGACAAUGACAUCGCCAUCAGCAACCUGUUCGCUGAAAAGAUCCGCUUGCGCUCGCCUGCAACAGCGGUUGCGAGAGCUGCAGGACGCCUGGACGACUCGCAAAGCCGAGGCGAUCCAAGGAUACGCGGACCGCAAAGAAUGAAUGAACUUCUUCGCCGCGACCAAGGCUGUUUACGGCCCCACAGGCAAAUGCACCGCUCCUCUCACCAGCGUCGAGUGAAGUAUCAUAGUCACCAAGACAACGCAAAUUCUGCAGUGAUGGGUCGAACACUUCAGAGGCUCCUCAACCGUCCAUCUUCCAUCUCCGACGCCGCCAUCGCCCAUCUUCCUCAAGUGAAGACCAACGCCGACCUCGAACCCGCGCCCUCUUUCUCCAGGAAACCAUCAGGACUGCGCAACAGCUUCCCAGCAGGAAAGCACCCAGAUCGGACUCGAUCCCUGUUGAGAUCAUCAACCACGGUGGCCCCCAAUUUAUGGGACAUCUGA